CCCCGAACGUACCCAUUGUAAUGGAUGUUCAUGGACGUAUAUAACAUUGAACGGAGUUUUUGAACAUUGCUGCUAAUGCAAUCUAUGCAAUCGAUCGCGUAUUGAUUGGUUAUAAUUUCAACAUAUAGUUUAUUUUUGCAUUUAAUACUUGAUAAAUAGACAUUGUCUUUAAUAACAAAUAUAGACCGAAUCGUUCCCGCAUGUACUAGGGACGAGUGCCAUAAGGACAAAAAGAUUGCUUAGUGUAAACGUGGUGGUGAUAAUUUGUGUUUUUAUUAUGUAUCGCCUUCUGGAUGCUGGUACUUUACAACAUGCAGUCAACAAGUAUAAAGAUAAUAGAAAUCAUGAGAUGGAAAACGUCUUACGGUCUUGCGUUGAUAUAAAUGGCAAACUUGAUGUUAUUAUGGUCCAGGAAUUUCUUAUGGAAUAUCCUGAUAAGGUUGACGCAUACGUUCCCCUAUACAGGAGAACACUCCUGCAAAUGGCCGCGCAUGAAGGUCAGCAUGAGCUCUGCAUUUGCCUUCUGGACGCUGGAGCUUCUUUAUAUGCGGUCGACUGUCUUGGAACCCUGUCUUGGACACCUUUGCAUUUCGCAGCCAAUGGUAAUCGACCAGAGAUAAUGUUUUUACUGUUAUCACGAGGUGCAUUUAUCGACGUCGUCGACAAGUAUAAAUGGAGUGCUCUGCAUAUAGCAGUUAAUAAAAUACAUGUACGAUGUGUGAGGUUACUACUGCAUUAUGAUUGUGAUGUCAAUCUCCAGAACAAUACAGGCAAUACAGCGUUGCAUAUCGCGAUCUCAUUGAAUGCACUGGACAUAAUUGAUAUAUUAUGCUCUUGUAAAAGGAUUAAUUUUAUGUUGAGGAAUAACCAAGGCUUUAGUAUUUUACAUGUCGCCGCAUCUGAAGACAACCCUCGUGUAGUGGAGAAGUUGAUUGAACACGCGCAUCAGUUGGUAGAUAUAGAAAAUGAGACAGAUGGAAAAACAGCGUUGCAUAUAGCGGCAUUGAAGGGAUACAAGAAAGUUGCGGAAAUUCUUCUCUCGCCGAUCGGCGGCCGCGCCAAGGUGGACGUACGUGACAAUCAUCAGCAAACUCCGUUGCACAAAGCGACUUGGUGGGGACAUUGGUCACUCGUUGAGCUGUUAAUACGUCACAAUGCAGACGUCUGUACUCUUGAUGAGAACGGCAACACUGCGUUGCAUUUCGCAAUAGCUCGUAUUCUGGAUCCACGGACUAUACCUACAUUUGAAAGUAGACAGGAUUCAUUGCGUAUAAAUGCUAUCUGGGAAAACCUGAUUUUAGUGCAGGAUGCAAAAGCUGAAUUAGCAUUAGCUUGUUUUUUAGUAAGCGUGGAUAGAAGUUGUAAACUCCUUGAACAGGUCAGAAACAACAAGGGCAAGACGCCGCUCGAUCUUUUGGAGGGCAGUUCACAGGCCAAUCUGUUCAUUAAUAUUUUACGAUCUUACAAAUACCAAAAUAACAGCAUACGAUUAAACUGCCCUCAGACCUUUGACGAUUCUGAACAUCUGAUCAGUGAGGACACAGAUUUUAUAAAUCAUGAAGUAAAGUUUUUAAUGAACACACCUAGUGCAGAUAUGGAUGAUGUUAUCAUUGAAUCUGUGAAGAAAUUUGAGAAGGUGGACACAUAUGCUUCCAACGGAAAGACGAUUCAGGAAAAUUCGCAAGUGGCCGCGCAACAGCGCGAGCUCUGCUCUGCCGUGGAUAGGGCUUUUUUAUAUGCGGUUGACAAGCAUGGAAAUACGUCUUUGCAUAUCGCAGCAGACGGCAAUCAAUCGAAGAAAAUGAAUAUACUGUUAUCGCAAGGUGCCUCUAUUAAUGUCGUCAACAGCUACAAACAAAGCGCUUUGCAUGUAGCAGUUAAUAAACAGCAUGUGCAAUGUGUGAAGGUACUGCUGCAUUAUCGUUGUGAUGUCAAUCUCCAGGACUCGCAGGGCAAUACAGCGUUGCACAUUGCAAUCUCGAUGGAUGCGCUAGACAUGAUCAACGCAUUGUGCUCUUGCGAAAGAAUUGACUUUAUGCUAAGAAACAAUGAAGGUUUAAACAUUUUGGAUUUUGCUGCAAGCAAGAGCAACGCUCGUGUAAUGGAGAAGCUGAUUUCGCACGCGCGUCAAUUAGUGGACGUAAAAAAUGAAUAUACAGGGAAAACAGCGUUACACAUAGUGGCAUGGAGAGGACACAGGAAUAUCGCGGCCAUUCUUCUCUCACAGAAUGGUGGCCGUGCCAAGGUAGACGUGCGUGACUGUCAUUUGCAAACUCCAUUGCAUAAAGCGACUUUUUUGGGACAUUGGUCACUCAUUGAGCUGUUAGUGCAUCACAAUGCGGACGUCAGUAAUACUGAUGAGAACGGCGAUACUCCGCUGCACUUCGCAAUAGCCCGUAUCCUGGGUUCAUGGACUAGACCUACAUUUGGAAGAAGACGGAAUUCACCGCGUAUAUAUACUAUCUGGGAAAAUCUGACUUCUGUGGAGGAUGGAAAGACUGAAUUAGCAUUAGCUUGUUUUUUAGUGAGCGUGGAUAGAAGCUGUAAACUCCUUGAGCAGGCUAGAAACAACAGAGGCAAGACGCCGCUCGAUCUUUUGGAAGGCAGUUCACAGGCGAAUCUGUUCAUCAAUAUUUUACGAUCUUACAAAUACCAAAAUAACAGCACACGAUUAGAAACUGAGAACAAUCCAACGACCAGUUACACAGAACCAUCCACAUCUCGUAUAGAUAAUGUAUCGCAAAAAGAACUAUACGAGGACGUGAAGAAUGUUAUCAAAGAGGAAAUAAUUGAAGAUGAAAUCUCUAUAGUCAAUCCAAAUGAUAAAUCGAAAAAUGUGUCGUCAGGAAGUAAACGAAAAAAGAUCUGUGAAGAAGAGAAAGAGGACAAAAAUUUAAAACGAUUACGUUAUUUGGAGAAUAAGAUUGCGAAUCUCGAGGAGAUAAAUAAAUGCGAUAUCUGUAUGGAGCGUGAUCGCAACGUUGCCUUUCUUUGUGGGCACAGAGCAUGCAACUACUGCGCUGCUCCGUUAAAGACUUGUCACAUGUGCCGCACGACGAUUAUACAGAAGAUCAAUUUAUAUUGAAAGUUCUCCGUUAUACUAACGACAUGCUGUAGAGAUAGGUUUGCAUGCAAUCCUGUUUGUCGGAACCAACAAUAUAGUAGCAAUAGUGGUAAUGAUUGGAACGGAUGGAACUAUAUCAGUCUCUACGUCGUAAAAAGUUCCUCUGUAAUUCCUGCUAAAGAUAUGAACUUUAAAUGUUCGUAUGUAUGCGAUAUUUUUGUAGGAUAUUUUUAGGGAUGAGGGUUACAGUCCUAUUUGGACAACGUGCGUCAAUGUAACCUAAAGAAUCAUGAGGCUUAUUUGACACUCGUUUGAACGAAGAGCUUUGUAUUUCACUUAUAUUAUUCGUAAAUCACUACCUCUUUAAUCGAAGGAAUUUAUAAGCAGAUGCACUGAUUUCUCAGUAGAUCAGAAAAAUGCUGGAAUUGCCAAGGUAUCUUUAAAUAAGCAUCUGCGAUUUUAAAAAUUAUCGCGUGUGAGCAUUAAUAAUGUGACAGUUAACCCUUCAUUGUCAUACCUCCGUCACUUAAUACAAUUAGUCAUGCUGAGUCCAGCUCUAUGAAAUUCGUUUGUAGUUCAAUCAAAAAGUAUUAGAGAUAUUAAUAUAAAAGAUUAAUAAUAUACUUUAAGGUUUAGAGAAUGUAUUUCAAUUAUUAACAUAGUAAAAUGAUUAUUUAGAGAACAAAAAAUGUUAAAAAUAAAAAAUCGAUAAUUUGCAAAAGUUGCCCAAAGCGAACUAAUUCUGCCCGGCUGCGAAAUAGUUUUAAUGCUAAGAGGAUAAGUACUUCAAUCUCUUAAGAGAUGGCUUUAUAAGUAUGAUUUUCUAUUUUUUACGAAAGAUAUACUUAUUAAAGUGAAGUGCAGAGUCCACUGGACUCUAUGUGACAACGAAGGAUUAAGUGCCUUUGUAUAUAUUUUAAUUAUUCAUAACGAUAUGCCGAAAAACGCGGAAGGUUCAAAUACAGAAAAACUGUAAGAUGAAAAAAUCCUUAGAGAUCGAACUGAACUCUUAAAUCAUGUUCUACCAAAUGCUUAUGUAUUUCUUUUAUAGUGCCAUCAUUUUACAUUUAUAUAUCUUUUUAUAUAAAUGUUAUUAAAAAAUUGUGAAACGUUGAAACGCUA